ACUUGACGGAAUUCGGUUACUGAUAAAUUUCUACAAGUAAAUCGCACAAAAUUAUGUCGAUUUCGUUCAAAAUGCAAAAACUGAUAACAGAGGUACAGAAACAACCAUGUUUGUGGAAUGUCCAUCUUCCUAGUUACAGUGAUAAGCCAUUAAAAGUAAAAGCUUGGAAAAUAAUAUGUCGGGCGAUUUAUCCUCGCACUGUUGAGAAUACAGCUGAUGAAAAAUCUAAGAUUGCUUUUAUUCAGAAGAAAUGGAAAUCAGUUCGAGACUACUACACCAAGCAAAGGAAAGAGUUUCAGUCAGAGUUGGUGGCAGGGUCCAAACGCAAAAAAUACGUCUAUUUCGACAUGUUGCGAUUUCUGGAAGCUAAAUUUGAUGAAGAAAAUACACUCAUAGGAAGUUGGAAGGAAGAUAGUUCGGAUCUAAACCUCACUGAAGAUACAUCAGAAGGUGACAAAAACCCAGCCAUCAAACAAGAAGAGUUAGAUCUAAAUGAAGAAACUACCAUCAAAUCGGAUGAUGUCGAUCUUACUCCCGAUUUGAUUCACACUGAAGGUAGUCCUCUUCAACACUCCAGACAAGACAUCGAUGAAGACGAAAUGUUCCUCCUAUCGCUCCUCCCAUCAAUGCGAAAACUCUCACCUUUACAAAAAAUGGACUUCAAGCUAGAAGUCAUGAAUUCGCUCAAAAAAAUCCAAUUUUCAAACGCAUCUAGUCGCCAGCAUUUGUAAAAUGUCAUCUAAAAA